AUGAUGCUCUUACCAACCAAGAAAUUUGAGAUCGGAGAUGUGGCUUGUGUCUGUUGCACUCGCAUUUACCCUGCUCGCUAUUCACCUGUGCAUCGGUUCGCCAAGAAUCUGGCCUCUUACAAUAUUGAGUGGCUUUCUAUGGUCAACAGGUUCGGUUGGUUUGGCCUUCAGCCUGAGGUGCCUGGCAAUGAAGCUUUGAAUAUCGCUGGUGUUGUCCUGGCUGCAAUGAGUGUUAUUUUCUAUGUGUUUAUUAAGCCGACGCCUGUUGCACAGGCAGUCGAGGUUCGGGAGGGUCACUACAGUGAGAUGGCGCACGGCACCGGGCAUAGCGUCGACGAUUCGGCUGAAGAUAGCGAUCCCCUUUUGAAUCAAGAGGAGGUGCCUACCAUUCGCCUCUUUUGGCGAUCUCAAAUCACACAAAGAAUUAUGUCAGUUACCAAAGGUGUUCUUUUGUCGAUCUUCUCAGGCAUGCUCUAUGGAACCGUGUUUGUGCCUAUUAUCUUUGUUCAAGAAAAUUACCGCGACGCCAGUCAUCGAGGCAUCGACUACGUCGCGGCAUUGGGCUUGGGCGCUUUUCUAGGCUCUACCGCUUAUAUUUCUUUAUAUGCGCUGGCUACUUGGUGGCAGAGGCGUGGGAGUAGCAGCACCGAGGGAGAGGCGCCUUUUUUCCUGCUCUUGAUUCCCGGGUGGAUGACUGGCAUGCUGUGUGCCACGGGACAGGUCUGCUGGCUGAUUGCCAACGAGGCUCUUCAAGCUUCUGUCACCUUCCCCAUCGCAGCGACUCUCCCAGGCGCUCUCUCUACCCUCCUUGGUACUAUCGUCUUCCAUGAGGUUCAGGGUACACAAAAUUAUAUCAAAUUGGCGGUGGCACUCAGCCUCACUCUGGCUGGAAGCAUCUUAACCGGUCUCUCUAAGUGA